AUGGCUGGAGUUCUUGUUGGGGGAGCUUUUCUCUCUGGCUUCAUUAAUGUUGUCCUCGACAAGUUCAUUUCGGGAGAGACUUACAACUUGGUGGUGGGGAAGAAGCUUGGCCCUGAGUUGGUGAGAAGGCUGAGGACUGCUCUCUUGGCUGCCGAAGCUCUGGUUGCUGACGCUGAGCAGAAGCAGUUUGGUAACCAAUCUGUGAGGAAGUGGCUGGAUGAUCUUAGGGAUGCUGUCUACAAGGCUGAUGACUUGCUGGACCGUUUCUGCAUCAAAGCUGCAACCCAGAAACAGGUACCAACUUUCUUGCCGAGCUUCCUCAAUUUUGAAAAUAGGCAGAUUGUCAAUGAGAUAGAAGAGGUGGUUAGAACAAUAGAAGAUCUUGAGAGAUGCAAAGAAAGCCUUGGCCUGGAAAAAAUUUCCACCAGUAGCUCUUCAUGGAGGGCUCCUUCCACUUCUCUUGUAAGAGGGAAUAUGUAUGGCAGGGAGGAUGACCAACUAGCCUUGAUCAAGAUGCUGAAUGACAACACUGAGCAUCACUUGUCUGUGAUCUCUAUUGUUGGCAUAGGUGGGGUCGGUAAAACAACUUUAGCUCAAUGGGUGUACAACAACGGGGAUUUAAUGAAGGAAUUCGAUCUGAAAGCAUGGGUUUGCAUCUCGGAGAACUUUGAUAUCGUUGAGACUACAAGGAAUGUCAUAAAGGGGAUCCUUGGAGGUGCUUGCAGUCUCGACGAUUUCAAUUCACUUCAACAUGCUUUAAAAGAAAAAUUAUCAAACAAGAAGUUCUUUAUUGUUCUUGAUGAUGUUUGGAGUGAUGAUGGUGACAAAUGGAGUUAUUUUAUGACCCCUUUCCAAUACGGGAAGAAGGGAAGUGUUGUUCUUCUGACUACUCUGUUUGCUAACAAUGCAUCUUUUCCAGAAUCAAAUGGGAGAGCAACACUUGAAGAAAUAGGCAGAAAGAUUGUCAAGAAGUGUGAUGGUUUGCCAUUAGCUGCAGAAACACUUGGUCGCUUGUUACGUACAAAGCAUGAUGUUCAGGAAUGGAACAAGAUAUUAAUGAGUGAUAUUUGGGAACUUUCUGUGGAGAAGAGUAAGAUUAUCCCAGCAUUAUUAAUAAGUUACUUUCAUCUCCCUGCAUAUUUGAAACGAUGUUUUGUUUAUUGUUCUUUAUAUCCCAAAGAUUAUACAUUUAGGAGAGAUGAACUGAUCUUUUUGUGGAUGAUAGACGAUCUUUUACCAUCACCUAAGAGAGGAGAGAGUUUAGAAGAAGUUGGUUGCGAGUGUUUUGAUGAACUAACUUCUAGAUUGUUUUUCACACAUCAGCUUCUAGAUGGGGUUGUAGAUGUUUUUGUGAUGCAUGAUCUCUUGCAUGACUUAGCAAUAUUCCUUGCUGGAAAUUUCUAUUGCAACGCAGAAAAACUUUGUGAAGAGGAGGAGGAGAGGAUCCAGACUCGGCAUUUGCGUGUAGAUUUAUGUCAUUGUGGCUCAAAACUUUAUAAUUUGAUUUCUAAAGUAGAAUCUUUGAGGUCAUUAUUGUUUAUAGGAUUUCCCCAUCCCAACUUCGACAUUGAAAAGACGACAGGUGAGAUAUUAUCGAAGUGUAAAUACUUGAGAUCUUUAUCCUUUCAUAAAGUUGAUGUGCUGCCUAGUUCAAUAGGAACAUUGAUCCAUCUGCGCCACUUGGAUCUCUCAUAUUGUUCUAUUAAGACAUUGCCAGAGUCUCUGUGCAACUUGCAUAAUUUGCAAACAUUGAAGUUGUUUGGUUGUUAUGAGCUAACUAUGUUGCCUAGUGGUUUGCAUAAUCUAGUGAGUUUGCGGCAUCUUGAUAUUAGGGGAACUUAUUUGGAAGAAAUGCCCCCAAAAAUGAACAAGUUGAUACACUUGGACAUUUUAAGCGAUUUUCUGGUGGGCAAGCAUGAAAAUAAUGGAAUCCGGGAAUUAGGAGGAAUCUCAAAUCUUCAUGGAUCAUUUGAGCUUAAGAAGUUGGAGAAUGUGGUUGACGCCAAAGAAGCAAAGAGUGCAAGGAUGAAAGACAAGAAGCACAUUGAGUGCAUAUUGAUGGAAUGGUCUUCAGGUGAAGAGAUAGUUUCAAACACGCAAACGGAAAGAGAGAUAUUGGACAGCUUGCAACCUCACAAUGGGUUGAAAGAAUUGACAAUCAAGGGAUACAGGGGUACAAUAUUUCCAGAUUGGGUUGGGCAUUCCUCCUACCAAAACAUGACAAAUGUAUCUCUAGAGUGUUGCAAGAAUUGCUGCAUGCUGCCUGCACUUGGACAGCUGCCAUCUCUUAAGGCCCUAAACAUUGAAGGUUUCGAUCAGCUCAAGAGCAUCGGCAUGGAGUUUUACAAGAAUGAAGGCGGUCAACAUUCUUCGCCUAUUGCACUAUUUCCCUCACUGGAGAGAUUGGUAUUUCGGCAUAUGCCAUGUUGGCAAGUGUGGCAGUUACCUGAAUCAGAAACUUUUCCUCAGCUCAGGGUGCUUGAAAUAGUAAAUUGUCCAAUGUUAGAGAGAAAUAUUCUUAGUGACGUAUUCUGGAGAAUCAUUUCUUCUUUGUUGUCAGAUGUUUCGAAAGUUCGAAAACUAUGUAUAAAUAAAGAUCGUAGAGGACAAUCUGAAACGAUGUAUCUUGAUGAGGAUACUUUAAAAAUUAAGGGAUGUGAGUCGGUGAUAGAUUCUGUAUUUAAGGCAAUCGGCAUCCACCAAUUGCAAUUCCCGGAGAAGCAACAACACAAGUAUGAUUUGGUAGAGCUACAAAUAGGGAAGAACUGUGGUUCGCUUACCGUAUUGCCGUUGGAUGCCUUUCCCAAUCUCAAGAAUCUCGAGAUACAUAGGUCUGGUAAUCUGGAAUCAAUUUCAAUGUCAGAGCCACCACAUGCUUCUCUUCAACAUCUCUCCAUCUGUGAAUGUCCCGAAUUUGUGUCAUUUCCAGCACAAGGACUGGCUGCACCCGACUUGACUGAUCUCGAAGUUUUCAGGUGCUCAAAGUUGGUGGCAUUGCCACGUGGCAUGAAUACUCUCCUCCCCAAUUUACAGUUUCUCAACAUACAAGAUUGCCCAAAGAUUUCCAGGUUUCCAGAGUGUGGUUUGCCGCCUAACUUGAAACAGCUUACUGUCGGGAGACAAUGGAGGGAUCUAUUGCCGACGGGCAACUUGGAUGCCCUCACUCAUCUCACCAUUAUUGAUGAUUAUGGGUGUCAAAGCAUGAUAAAGUCAUUCCCAGAGGUGGGUUCGCUGCCUCACCUUCCCUCCCUUACCACUCUCGAGAUAUGCAGGUUCUAUAAUCUGGAGACAUUGGAGUGCAACGAGCUUCUCCGCCUCACCUCCCUUCAACAAUUAAUAAUUCAACAAUGUUGGAAGCUGGGGAAUAUGGAAGGAGAAAAGCUGCCUCCCUCUCUCUUGCUACUUCAACUUACAAGGUGUGCAUUUGAGAAUUUCUUUACAUGCAUCGAUGAAUCAAAUUUACUGUUUUUAACAUCUUCUGCAGCUUUGGGUUGGAGAAUAUGGAAGGAGAAAAGCUGCCUUCCUCUCUGUUACUACUUCAAAUUCAAGACUGUCCUUUGCUCGGAGAAUCCUGCAAGAAGAGUUGCAGCUAAACUCUGCAUGAAGGGGCCUGAAGAGAUAGAUGAAUCUGUUUUCUUUAUAGAUUCAACCAUGAAAAUGUGCAUUAGGCAGCUUCUAUGGCCAUUGCAACUUGGUGAGCAUGUGUAUACUAGAACUUUAUCUCGCAGCAUAUACACAAUUUUCCUGGAAUAA